GAACCGGAAGUAGUUUCAUUUGUGCGUCACUUGUGUCUUUGGAUUUAUUUAUUUUUCACUAGUUAUCCAUUCCUAGUAAAAAGUUCCAUUUGUUUAGAAGAGAGUGUUUGAAUUGUCAAGUCAUGGCGGCCGCUAAUGCUCUUGCUCUGGCGAAUUCGCUACUGAAGCAGCCCCCCAUCCAGUCUACGGCUGGUGCCGUCCCGGUCCGCAAUGAGAAAGGUGAGAUUUCUAUGGAAAAAGUAAAAGUGAAAAGGUAUGUUUCUGGGAAGAGGCCUGAUUAUGCCCCUCUAGAAUCCUCUGAUGAAGAUGAGGAAGAUUUUCAAUUCAUUAAGAAGGGAAAAGAGCAGGAAGCUGAGGCAGAAGAAUCUCCUGAUGAGGAGGCUGUCAAUGACCCUCGUCUCCGCCGUCUCAAAAACAGAGUAGUAGAGGAUGUGGAGGAAAGAAUUGCAAGGCAUCGACAAAUCGUUGAACCAGAAGUGGUGGGGGAAAGCCUAUCAGACCAAGAGGGAGAAGCAUGGCGACCUGACAGGGAAGACAGCAGUGAGGAGGAAGAAGAGGAGGUUGAUGAUGAGGAAAUUGAACGUCGCCGUGCUUUGAUGCGUAAUCGAGCUAUGGAACGCAAGAUGGAUGAAAUGGAAGUAAUGGAACUAGAAGAGGAAGGGAAAUCUGGUGAAGAGUCUGAAUCUGAGUCUGAGUAUGAAGAGUACACAGACAGUGAAGAUGAAACAGAACCGAGACUCAAACCUGUCUUCAUCAGAAAGAAGGACAGAAUUACAGUGCAAGAGCGAGAAGCAGAAGCUACCAGACAGAAAGAGCUGGAGGCAGAAGCUAGACGAAUGGCCGAGGAGAGGAGAAAGUACACACUUAAGAUUGUUGAGGAGGAAGCAAAGAAGGAGUUUGAGGAGAACAGAAGGUCUCUGGCAGCACUUGAAGCUCUCAAUACUGAUGAUGAGAAUGAGGAGGAGGAGUAUGAAUCUUGGAAAGUGCGCGAGCUGAAAAGGAUCAAACGUGACCGUGAGGAACGAGAAGCUCUUGAGAAAGAGAAGGCAGAGAUUGAGCGCUUACGGAAUCUUACUGAGGAAGAACGAAGAGCAGAACUUCGUGCUAACUCUAGAGUCGUCACAAACAAAGCAGUCAAAGGCAAAUACAAGUUCCUGCAGAAGUACUACCACAGAGGCGCCUUCUUUAUGGAUGAAGAGGAAGAUGUUUUCAAAAGGGAUUUCAGUGCUCCAACUUUGGAAGAUCAUUUCAACAAAACUAUCUUGCCCAAGGUCAUGCAGGUCAAAAACUUUGGUCGCUCAGGACGGACUAAGUACACUCAUCUGGUGGACCAGGACACAACUUCAUUUGAGUCUGCAUGGGCACAAGAAAGUGCACAGAAUACAAAAUUCUUCAAGCAGAAGGCAGCUGGAGUGAGGGAUAUUUUUGACAGGCCAUCAGCCAAGAAGAGAAAAGCUUAGUGGACAACUUGAAUUUGACAUGGGAUAUGGUUUCAUUGGGAAGAGUUCCUUUGCAUCAACAUGUUCAUCUUGUAUUUUUUUCUUUUCAGGAUUUGUUAACAUUCCUGUCUCUUUCAUCAUUCAGUUUCUAAUUUUUGAACUGUCACUACUUCUGACCAAGCUGUAUAUAAAUGGUGAGCUUUGGUUGGGGACAGCCAAAUAGAUAAGGACUUUGAACUUUUAUUUUUGUUUGAAUUUGUAAAACAUCCCAGAAAAAAAGUCAUAAUGGGGCUUUAACAUUUUAUUAUAGUUUUAUUUUAACUUUUUAAAGUAUCUCUUCAACAUAUGUGAGCACACUAAAGUGAAGGGCAGUAGGCAUUGACCCAUAGCGCAUUUAAAAUGGUUUUGGAGAAAAAAAUUUCCUGUAGAACUGCUUUUGUUACUGUUCCCUUACUGAUUUAUUUAUUGAAAAUGCUCUUGUUCAAAUGAAUGGUUGAUGUGACUGACUCAGGCUUCUCUUAAAAAAAGGGGGGGGGGGUUGUUAUAUGGUUCCUUUUGUAGCAUAUUGUAUAGUGGGACUAGCAUCUCAGGUCAAUCAUUCCAGCAGUCAUGUGGCUAGAAACUGCACACUGCAUCACUGUCAACUCAUUUGGGGAGGUAUUGGUAUAAAGUGAAUGACCAUUUUAGGCAGCCUGGUGGAUUAUUAGGAGAUCUAUUACAGUUACAUCUUGUGCUCAUUCCUGACCUCCACUCAGUGUUCAGAACUGCAUGUUCUCUCCAUGUCUACAUGUUUUUUUUUCUCUAAAUAGUCUGAUUUAUGCCCACCUUACAAAAACAUAUAGAUAAAUUGGAUACUCUAAGCUGUCAAUAUGUAAUGCAUUACCCCUGUACUGUUGUGUCCCAAAGUAUGGCUGAAAAGGGUAUAUGGUAAGUUUAUUACCCAGGUAACAGAUGAAUAAAUUAACGGGAGCAUUUCUGAAGUAGAGUCAAGUAAUGGAAUUUUUCUGUUAGUAUGAAUAUACAUGUGUGGCAACUGUAUCUGUCUGGCCCAUACAAAUGCCUUCCUUCUCUUAGGUUUUAAGGGGCAUGUUCUUUAAAAACAGUUCUUUUCCAGUAUUCAUGCCAAAUCUCAUUGCAGUCACCCAAACUAAGUGCUUAUCUUAGAUACAGAAGGAAAUCUGUGCACAUCUCCCAAACCUGUGGCUUGCCUGUCUUUGCCAGGUACUGCACUCAAGAUCAUUAUCAGUUUUGCAUCUCCCAUGUUCGACCUUCAUGCAGUGCUUCAAUCUGCUGUCUGUGCCAACAGUAUAACUACUGUUCUCCACUACUGCCUUUGGUAAGCUCAAUAGUCUUUUUUUUUUUUUUUUUUUUUUUUUUUUUUUUUUUUUAAACCAUGAAGAGAUUAAAUCAUGAGAAAAGACAAUUGCCAGAAAUAUUUAGUGAGUCAGGAGUUCAGGGACAGCUAAUACAAGGCAGGCUGGCAUAAACUGUGGCUUUAGAAGCCCAGGACUGCUUAUUUAUCUUAAGUCAGCUGUUCAGGGAACAGUGCGUUUCCUUUGUCCUUUGGUAUCCUCGUCUGAGAGGUACAGCCAACUCUACAUCUCUUUUCACCCAAAUAACAAGUGAUAUUGGUAGAGAUGUUUUCUCUCCAAUCAGUUCUUGGAAGUUUAAGUGAUACUGGCUCUAAAAUUGUUCAUGUGGAUGUUACUACUACUGCUUGAAGGCCUAGAAAAAUAUUCCUUGUGGCAGGCUUGGCCGUUUUGAUUCUCGCUUCUAAUGAUUUUUGUAGGCGGAGUACCUCUGGGCAACAAGUCUGUUUUUGCCAGCCAGGAUUAAGGAUUCUUUCUGGCAAGACCUCACAUUGCGCUUCAAGACCCCUGGUUAUGCAUCUCCCUUUUAUUGCUUUAAAGGAAUGGCAGAUGUUUUGAGAACAGCUGCCCCUUGCAUAUGGUUGUAACUGCAUUCAAAAAUACAAAUACAAAAGUCUGUGCAUUUGCAUUAAAAAAAAAAUACAAAUUUAUUCAGUAACUGUUAAAAUACAUUUCUGGAGCUUGACACUGACUUAGCAUAGCCACCCAUCUGGUAUUUUUUCAGGGCUACCCGGAAAUCAGAAUGUUGGCCCAGAAGUCUGGCAAGCACUGUACAAACUCUGGUAUUCUGUUUAUCUGUAUAAAAAGAAUGUUAGUUUGUAAAAAAAAAAAAAAAAAAAAAAAAAAAGAGAGAGAAAAGCAAAAGAAAAUGUGCCACUUUACGAUGACAUCUGCAUUGACAUCAUAAAAUGGGUAGGAGAGUGGGUGGGAAAUGGGUGUAGAAAGUCCUUGUGGCUUUGGCUCGGUUUUCAACACACAGAAAGAUGGAAACCCUACCGUAACCCUUGGGCCAUGAAGAACAUGAUAACAUCUUGGUAGGAUCACAUGGGGAUACACUAAUUUUUUGAGUGGAGUGCACCACCAAGUUGCAGGGUGUCUUGGGCUGUACUGUGGCAGUACCUCAUAAGCAUGUCUUAUUGCUGCUCAAUGUUCUGGCUUGAACAACCAAUUCCAGGUUACAUUUUAAAACAUUUUUUUUUUACUUUUAAAAUUCAUAGUAUGCAUGGAUAUUUCUGAGGGCAGUAAUGUGCUGAGUGGCUAUCCUGUCUUAUUUUCAAGAACCAUUUGUUCUGCCUAGUGGACAUGGAACACCCAUGUGUGAACUUCUUGCAGAUGGGUAGAAAAGGUAUUGGGCAGGAUUAUAGACAUCUGUCCUGCUAAUAUAGGGCAAUUGUUUUGCUUGCUGCACCUGCCUCACUGGCAUGCUUCUCACCUCUGCUGUAAUGAAAUAAUUACACUAAACUGAAAAGGAGACUCCCGAAGAGAAGACUGCAUUGCUGACCAUUAACCUGUAGUUUCCCUGGCAGAUAGUAACCGGUCAAAGCUAUCUAAUCAAUGGCGUUACCAUGUGAGGUAAGCAGUGAUGCUGGUUUCAUAUAUGCGGCUGAUGAUGCUUUCCCAGAGACCUUUUAUUAGUUUGAGCUUGCAGAGAGAGGACAUUUUAAGUAGGUGGGAUGAUUUUCUUUUAAAGGUAUUGAAACAAGUACAAGCAGAAUGCCAGAUACAUUUUUUUGGGUUGCAGCAAUUAGUUUGUUUUGGAGAUGGGGAUGAUUGGUGAGUUUAUAUAAAUCAAAAAAUGCAUUUUCAGACAGGAUACCAGAUAAAUGGUUCUGUGGCCAGUAGUGGAACAUUAUAGUGCCCAGAGCCAUGAUCAGUCAAUUAUUAUAAAGCUGAGCAGUCAAAGCAACAUUGUCUUGGGAUGGAAUGCUUGAUUUAAGACCACAGAGAAACAGGCAGUAACCAGAAAAGCACUGUUUUCAGUGGGGAAAAUAAUAUAUUUUCUUUAAGUGGGACAAAGGUCUUACUGUGUUGCAGUAACCGUACAGUGCCAUAGAUGUUUAGAGGGCUAAAAGUUAAAAAUGUGAAAAGCUAAAAUACAGCUCUGUGGCAAGACUUUAUUUCACAUGGUUAGAGUCCGCAUCAGAAGCAUACAUAGUCGGAAUUGGCUUUUGGGGGGAUUGGAGUGGGAAACAUUCUGUAGGAAAUUGGAAUCUUUGCUGUCACUUUAUGGCAGUUAAGGCUGGGUUUUGUGUGUGUGUGUGUGUGUGUGUGUGUGUGUGUGUGUGUGUGUGUGUGUGUGUGUGUGUGUGUGUGGGAAAGAUAUUUGUAUGUGAAAAGUAUUGUUUUUAUUUGUAAACAGUUUGACUUUUUCUUAAUUAAAAAAGGUGCAUUUUAUCAAAAAUUGCAUACUUGUUGGGACAGUGUGCAUGUGGAAAGAGCUGAAAUUGUUUUGUGGUACUUCAUAAACAAAGGGACAACAUCCAUGUUUUUGGCUUUCAGAAUUCGUACAUACUUAUUGAAAGUACAUCUAGGUUAAGUUCACAUUAAAAUAUAUCCAGUCUUUUUUUAUUUCUUUCAUGGAGCAGGAUUAGACUGUUGCAAGUGUAUUCCUUAGUGACAUUUUAAGCAUUUGAAAUGUCCAACCAGAAAAAAAGUACUGGGGAUUGUGAAAUGACAUAUUUUUUGGAUGCAACUUCUAUUACAUUUGCAUCAAAAAGCACAGCCUGGGUAGAGUUUAUAAAUUAAUAUGUAAAUGUGUCCAAAAAUAUUACUUUAAACAUUCUUGUUCAGGUUCAGAACAUUUGUUAGGUUCCCACAGUUGACCUGUAAUUGACAUUAGAAUAUGCCAGGCUUCCAAGUACCAUUGUAUCGUUUCUGAAAUGUGUUGGUUUAUGAUUUCUGCUUCAGUUUACAAAUGCAGUGCUAGACUAGAACGUAGCUGUACUGAUUUGGAAUUAUAGGAAAAGUAAAUGUUGUAUGCCAAAAAAAUGACAUUUGAUGUCACUGGAAAUUUGCCACAGCCAAAAGACUAUUGCACACAUCAGGGCAAAAUGUCCCAGCUGAUUAUAUUGCCGAGCUACCCAUAGCUCUUAAGGGAAGAAUUGCAGUGUUUAUUCAAAAAUCCAUACAUAAAUAUAUGUAUAGCAAAUGUUUUUCGUGGCAAGAGGUCUGUUAAAUGAGUUUAUGAACAGUUACUAAGAACUGUCAGAAGAUAAUUGAGAUAUUGCUUCUUAGAUACAGGCAUUCAGUCAUUUCAUUUUGUCUGCCAAGAUGUAUGAUAUGUGUGUGUGUAGGUAGUGUCCAUACCUGAUCCCAAGGUUUAAAAAAAUA